AUGGCCCCUUCAGCAAUAAGCGAUCCGCCAGCAUCAACCACGCCGAGAUAUGUUGACGGCGCCUUGAUCACUGACGUGGAGAAGCACGGCGACAAUCCCGUGGUGAUUCGUCUGACCGACGAGGAGCUUCAGUCAGGGAAGACACGGCCAGAGACGCUGCAAGAGUGCCUCAAGUACUUCCAUCGCGACGGGUUCGUGGUGCUGGAAAAUGCCAUCCCCGACGAGCUGGUAGACCGCCUGUACAACCGCAUGGUGCACGACAACGUCGAGUUCCUCAAGAAGAAACACAUGCAUUGGAACCAGGGUGCAGCCACGGGCAAUGUCAGUCAAAUUCCGCCGCUUGAGCCCGAGUAUCUGGACCGCGAUUUCUACGCCAAUCCCCACAUGAUCCACGUGGUGGAAAAUUUGCUGGGACCCAAGCCGGAGCUUCGCUUUAUCAACAGCAACGUAGCCUGCCCAGGCGGCACGGGUCGUCAGGCCGUGCACAGCGAUGUCAGCCACGCGUGGCCCGAGAUCCCGUUUGGGCUGGUCAUGAACAUCUACCUGCAGGAUUCGGAUGAGAGAAACGGCGUGACGGAGGUGUGGUGCGGCACGCACAAUGCGUACCCGCAGAAGGAGCAGCAGGCGUACCCGGAGCGCGGUUGGAUCAAGAAAGAGUACAUCCAGGAGCGUGCCAAGGUCAGACCGCCGGUGCAGCCCAAGGUGCGCAAGGGCAGCAUCUGCUUCCGUGACCUGCGGCUGUGGCACGCGGGCAUGCCCAACAAGAGCGACAAGCACCGCAUCAUGCUGGCCAUCGACUACUUUGCGCAAUGGUACCAGUGCCCCAUGACCACCAAGCUACCGCGAGCCAUGAAGGAUAAGAUCGAGCGUGAGUGGGAGGGCAUCUCGACCGUGGGUGUCGAGUGGGUCGACGGCGAGCUCAACAGCCUGGAUGUGCCUUUCUUCCUCAACAUGUCCCAGGACCCGAACCUGUACCUGCUGCAGACUGAGAAGGGUUUCCAGGACCUCCGGGGCAGGCAAACUGGCGAGUACAAGUUUGAUGCGUCAAAGGUGACAGACCAGAACUAUUGGACUCCAGAGUAA